AUGGAUACUUUCUUAGUGCAUGAAAUUGAUGAAAUGAUGGAACAAUUAGGCUAUGUUGAUGAAGGGGACAAAAAUGAUGUUGGGGAUGCUUUUAAAGGGUCCAAUGUAGUGGACAUAACUAGAAAUGACAAUAUGGACUUAACUUUUAUUAAUUAUGGGGACAAGGAAGCUGAAGUUGAAGUUGGGGAUAAUAACAAGGAAGGAAAUCCAUGUGAUGAAUUUGAAAUUGGGGACAAAUUUGAGCACACAAAUGAAGUUCAAUUUGGGGAUGCUAACAAGGAUGGAGAAGAUCCAUGGGCUAAAUUUAAAAGUGGGGACAAAUUUAAGGACAUAAAUGAAGAUGAAUUUGGGGAUGAUAGUGGUUAUGAAUUCAGAACAUUUGGGAGAAGUCUACAUGCCCUACAACCUUACUCCCUCCAAAACAUCAUAUGCCCAUUGGAAGACCAAAAAAAGGAGAUCUACCAUGGAAGUUUAGGAUUUGGUGAAAGGAAUGUUGUUGGAUCACAAAGUUCAAGAAAUAUCGGUGGUGCUGGAAGUGAAAAAGUAAAGAUUACAGGUGUUAGCAAAAACGGAAAUGUAUCGCAUGAAUGUGGCUUGUAG